GUUUGGUUUGUGUUUUUGUUCAGAUCCCAUCAAAGGGACCAUUGUGGGGAAUGCGUCCCAAGUUCCCUGGUGCUGCCUUCGCCAUUCCCGCGGACGCUCGCUUCUGUUCUGAGCGAGCAGCCGCGGAGCUUUUAGCAACUCUGCAAACAGGGGCAUGAAAAGGAUGUCCCGGUAGGGCAAUGAGGCGUGAAAUCCCGCUGUUCCUUUACAUAGUAGCAACAUCUACAUGAAAGGGCAAACACCCGACGUGCCACCAAAUAUAAUUGCGGAGAUGGCGGAUGUCGGCGUACAAAAGAGCUGGCGCCGGUUUCUCUUUCGCAGCGGCCCUUUGCUGCACGCACACCCGCGAACGAACCGAACCACCUGUGCCUUCCACGGGAUUUAACCGAGUGGAAAACUCAGUCAUUGGUACCGCCGGCUGCUAAGUAUAAAGCAGCCGGGGCAAACUCCGCCCGCCGAGCGGGGCCGCGACGGGAAGACGCCCGCUCCCUCCGGCCCGUCGAGCUCGCAGCCCGCCCGAAAGGAAUCAUCGGCCCCUCCGGCCCUUCCUCCCUCCCUCUGUCCGGAGCAGCAUCGUGCUAAACCCGGAGAGGCGAUAGCAGGACUGCCCCGGUGCCACGGUGAGGGUCGCGGGGCCACGCCGCGCUGAAGGAAGACUUGGCCGCUCUGCGGUUUUGCGGCGACGCCCGCAGCUGCUGCCCGCGUCUCUCCCCGGCAGGUGCUGCUCCCCGGCGCCCGGGGCGGCCAGCCGCAGCGCCGGGCGACCAGGCGGGGCGGCGAGGGGCUGCCCCUGUCCCGACAAGGCACCGAGUCCGAGCAAGGGCAGCCCCCUCGCCGCUAGCCUCCAAGUCCUCCGGGCUGCUGAGCGACCGCGGCUCCGUGUGCCGCCGGGAGCCGGGAUAAGGCGGCGGUGUCCGAGCUGGUGCCGGACCCUCUCGGCCCCGUCCCGGCCCCUCCCGGCCAGCGUCCGACAGCAGGGGCGGGAGAAAAACCUUCCUAGGAAGGUGGCAAAGGGGAUGGAGGGGGGAACAGGCAGACAGGGACAGUCACCACAGUUAAAAGAUUAAAUUUCUGCGAAGAACAUACCACUUCGAAUGUAUUUUGUCAGGAAUCCGGAAUUUGAAAACACAAACAAACGCAAAAUAAAACCCGCCUGCUACAGAUCCUCCGGUAAGCGAGACUCGAAACUUCCUCCCAAGACGUUCCCAUCAGGGAUUAUCGCCGUGCUUGGCUCCCGGCCCUGCAAGCGCCCGCUAGCCCUCGGCGCGCCCGUGGAGCCCAGCGGGACGGGGCGGCCGGGAGGAAUUUAUACAUUUCCCGGGAUUUACGGAACUCUCCAACGCGCGCUCAUGUGCCCGAUAACACAACUCGCAGCACCGCAAGAGAGGAGACCGGGGCUGCUGCCACCGCCCGGGGCUCCGGAGCACCAGGCAGGAGGCUGAUCCGGCUCGUGUAUUAUGGGCGGGGGGGGGAGCAAGAUCUUCCCAAAUGCCCGGUGAGAGAUGGACAGCGGGGCGACCCCGGCCGCCCCUCUUCGCCCGGCAGCAUCGGAGGGCUGGGAACCCAGUUCCACUCCUUCUCCCCGCAGGGAGCUGAGGAUGCUCGGGACCCCGCGCCCCUCCCUCCCCGGCUCUGUGCCGGCUGCGCUCCCCGCCCGCCGUGAGCCGAGGGCGGCGGGGCCCCGCCGGGCGGCCGCCCGCUCCUCCGCACGGCUCCGCGCCCGGCGGUGGGCGGCCCCGCCCGUCACCCUGGGCAGGGCGGGCCCUGCCGGGGGCGGGCCGUCGGGCUUGAGGCUGUGCCGCGGCGUGGGAAAGCGCCUCAGAGAGGGUUCGCUCUGCUGGCGGUGCGGAGCCGUGCCGUGCCCAGCCGUGCCGUGCCCUGAGCACCACCCCCCCGGAUUUAUUUAUCGCUGCUCCCGCGCCGUGCACACGAUGAAGCGACCUUGCGAGGAAACUACCUCAGACAGCGAUAUGGACGAGACUAUAGACGUGGGGAGCGAGAACAACUACUCGGGGCAAAGUAAUAGUUCUGUCAUUCGAUCAAAUUCCCCAACAACAACAUCUCAGAUCAUGGCCAGAAAGAAAAGAAGAGGGAUUAUAGAGAAAAGGCGCCGUGAUCGUAUAAAUAACAGUUUAUCAGAGCUGAGAAGGCUUGUACCAACUGCUUUUGAAAAACAAGGAUCUGCCAAAUUAGAAAAAGCGGAAAUACUGCAAAUGACAGUGGAUCAUCUGAAGAUGCUGCAGGCAACAGGAGGGAAAGGUUAUUUUGACGCUCAUUCCCUGGCCAUGGAUUUCAUGAGCAUCGGCUUCCGGGAGUGCUUGACAGAAGUGGCGAGGUACCUAACUUCGGUGGAAGGGCUCGACACAUCCGACCCGCUGCGCGUUCGACUCGUGUCUCACCUGAGCACCUGCGCCUCUCAGAGGGAAGCUGCUGCCAUGACCUCCUCCAUGGCCCACCACCACCACCCCUUGCACCCGCACCACUGGGCAGCCGCCUUCCACCACCUCCCGGCCGCCCUGCUGCAGCCCAACGGACUCCACGCCGCCGACGCGGCCCCGUGCAGACUCUCCUCGGACGUGCCCCCGCACGGCUCCGCCCUGCUCACGGCCACCUUCGCCCACGCCGACGCCGCCCUCAGAGUCCCCUCCGCUGGCAGCAUCGCUCCUUGUGUCCCUCCUCUCUCUACCUCCCUCUUGUCCCUGUCGGCCACUGUUCACGCCGCGGCAGCGGCAGCCACAGCUGCGGCCCAGAGCUUCCCCCUCUCCUUCGCCGGCACCUUCCCCAUGCUCCCCCCGAGCGCGGCCGCCGCCGCCGUCGCUGCGGCGACCGCCAUCAGCCCUCCGCUGUCCGUGUCAGCCACGGCCAGCCCCCAGCAGGCUGGCACCGGGGGCACGAAACCCUACCGACCCUGGGGGACUGAAGUGGGAGCCUUCUAAGCGUCUCGCCCGCCACACACCUCUGCGUGCUGCAGCUGCCGCCUCUCCCUCAGCACACGUGCUCACAGCCGCCAGCCCGCGCAGCCCCGCAGCCUCCGCGACUCGCUGCGGCCUCCCCGCUCGGCCCCCGCCCGAGGGGCCUGAGGGGCGCCGGCGAGCCCGCCGAGGAACGGCCCAUCAUCCUCACUGCAGGUGGCGGAGAGGACGUGCGGAGACGCCUUCUGCUCCUCCGUUUGUCCUGGAGGCACCUUGAGGGAGCAGCGACGGCUUUCCUAACAGUGUGACCAUAUCGGCAUGUAGAGGUUUCUUGCAAAACACGUAGAAAUACGUAGACAUUAGAACUAAUAGUUCUCCAGCUAUGCAUCCUUGUUUGGCAGAGAGGCGAGGGAUUGCAUCUACCAGGUCUCCCCAGGCUAGAAAAAGAGUUCCAGUUUCAUAAGUGCCUGACAUUGAAAAAAUAAUCAAUAAAUAUAUAUAUGUGUGUGUGUUCUGCUAAAACAAGUAACAUUGCACAGGUAUGGAAAUGAUAUGGGAGAGAGGUGAAAUUCUGCAUUCAGCUUCAGAACUAGGAUACUUUUCCAGGGCAGAAUGUGCUCUUGAAGGGGAGAGUUUUUUUUAGCCAAAAGAUUGCCGAGGAAGAAUGUUUAGUUUGACAGGCCUAGUUCUCGCUUCCUUAGUUCACUUUCUUUGUACAGACUUGCCAAAUUGUGACGUCUAGCAUAGCAUUGGCAAAAGCAAUUAUCUUAUCAGUGCUGGGAUUAAUGAACGUUUCAGCACUGCCUGUGAGCCCCGAGGCACCCAUUUUUAUGGCUUAAACAUGGUGCUAGCUCCUAUCUGUACAAACAGUGAAUUUGUCAUGCACCCAGAAGUAACCACCUAUUUAAAGUGUGCACACUUGGAUACAGUUGAUUCAUGCCAAUACAACAGACGCAGUGUUGUAAGAGUUCAACUUAACUUAUUUAGCUGUAUUUGGACAUUUACUUGUAGCCGAUUUGGUGCAAGAUCCCUCUUCUUUUCCCUAUCAACUUCUGGGAGAAUGAUCACUCUGGGUAUGAAUGAAGUUAUGGUAGGGACGAUUUUUAAAUUGGCUAUUAACAUGCCAACAUUGUAAUGUGGGUUUGAUUCCAAACCAAAAUGAAUGUAUUAAUGGGAUGUGAGUAAAUUAUUUUGUCAAUACCCAGAUGACGAGUGCUGCAUAAAAUGGUUUGCUUUCAUUUUUUAUUACAGUGACUUAAAAUAACCUAAGUAUUUUAAUACAACCAAUCAAGAAGUAGAGAUUUUAUGUAAAAAAAAGGAAAAUAAAAAUAAAACACAGCAUGUAUUAUUAUGCACUUGAUUUCUCUGCUGUGUGGAGAAAGCAAUAAGCAUUGAAAAUGUUAAACAUUAUGCAAAAUAUACUUUAAAAUAUUUGUUUUAAAAAUACUGUACCUAGUCAGUCUGUUAUGCAUUACUUUGUUAACCUUUUUUUCUAUGCAAAAGUCUUUACAUAUCACUAAUUAAAUGAAGUCCUUUUUGACUGCGUUUUAUGGA